AUGUCUACCGCAGCAAGACGUCGUCUGAUGCGUGACUUCAAGCGCAUGCAGACAGAUCCUCCUGCAGGAGUCUCCGCUUCCCCUAUUCCUGAUAAUGUGAUGACAUGGAAUGCUGUCAUUAUUGGACCUGCCGAUACGCCUUUCGAAGAUGGAACUUUUCGAUUGGUUAUGCAAUUUGAAGAACAGUAUCCCAACAAGCCGCCACAGGUCAAAUUCAUCAGUCAAAUGUUCCACCCGAACGUGUAUGCGACUGGAGAACUGUGUCUUGAUAUCCUUCAAAACCGAUGGAGUCCGACAUAUGACGUUGCGGCUGUCUUGACGAGUAUUCAGAGUACGGGGUCUACCAACUGCAUGAAGGACGCAGAGGAGGCGGCCCACUGCAAUUUGCUGUUUGAGGAAGUGCCGUGGUGCGAAUCAAGCCCCGAAGCAGGUCGGUUGAUACUCUGCGGAGUCUGCACCGGCCAGAAUUGGCUGAGCAUUGAGUCGGACAAUUGCGGGACAUCUGGGCCUUGCCUGGUCGAAGGCUCCGUGCGACUAGUCCAAGUCAUGCUACAAGGCAGUUCACAUGCUGUUCUCGUUCUAUCCCCAAUGUUUUUGAUUGAAGCCGAGGACUAUCACCAGGGUCUAGCUGCUACAACGACAGGAUAUCAAACCGAGGUCUUGGCGUGGCCCGGAAUGGCCGUUGAGACAUUGCUGUUCUGUGCGCACUGCUCCGGGCGCGCAUCGUGCGACAUGGAAAGACAGAAAGACCCUUGCUUUUCUAUGGUGGCGCAUCUGCGCAUGUCUGGUGUAACUAUUACUUGUGCCUGGGCACUCGAGUACCAACGCCGCUUUAGAGGAGACGCCUUUCCCGCUGCUCAUCGAAACUCUAUCAGCUAUGCGCCAGGCUCUCCAGGGCAUGUAGAGAAUGGCAACGAAUCUGCGUGCCGGCUACACGCGCAUCUCGCUACAGUAGCCGACAAUCCCAAAAUUGCAAUCGAGGACACAAGGGCACUGUUUCUAGACGAGGCUUGCCACGAAUCGGCCGAACGGUCUGUGCGAUCAUGCUUUGGAUGA